AUGGUUUCCUUCGUCUGUGCCGCUUUGGAUGUUGUCCACAGAACCCUACUCAACCCCGCAGCCGAUUUCGUUCUUGGUCCUGUCUGCCGUAUCUCAAAGCACGCCGUUAUCAGCGCCCUCAAUAAUAUCUCUGAUGGAUGUCUCAUCAUAAAAACACCCGAACUCAUUUACACCUGGGACUGCCGCGCGCCUGACGCAUAUUCACAGCUACUCAUCGCGCAGCUCGAUGUGGUCAACCCUGCCUUCUGGCUCCGUGUUGCUACGUCUGGAGAUCUCGGCUUUGCAGAAGCUUACAUGUACGGCGAAGUCAAGUGCGAAGACCUUAUUGAUCUUUUUGCGGUCCUCCUCGCAAACCGCUCAUGCAUGACUGCAAUCGACUCAUAUCUUGCACGACUUUGCCGUCACCCUCUCCUCCCUCUUUCCAACUCACUUGUUCGUGCUCGCUAUAAUGCCAGCGCACACUACGACCUCGGAAACGGUGUCUUUGCUGCCUUCCUCUCACGCGACAUGACUUACUCGUGCGCCAUCUUCUCCGAGUUGGAUGGCGACCUGGAAGGACACAACAUCGAUAACAUACAGAUUGUCGUGGAGGAUCAGUCUAUGGAAAAUGAUGGGCUGGAAUUUGACCAGAGCAUGUGUGAUGGCUCGGAAAGCGACGGGGCCGACAUAAGCGCACGCCAAACUCCGGUUAAGGACACUCAGCUAAGCAGCGUUGAGGAUGAUCAGGAACUGCAUGAGGCGCAGAUACGGAAAAUCAAGACUAUCGUGCAGAAAGCUGAUAUUAGAGAAGGACAUCGAGUUCUAGAAAUUGGUACCGGAUGGGGCGCACUGGCAAUCUGGAUUGUAAACAAUAUUUCCGGUACGACUAUCGACACGCUCACACUAUCCGAGGCGCAGGCUGCAGUCGCGCGGAAAAGAGUAGAAGCCGAAGGGCUGGCACUGUCGUGCGAGUGUAAAGAUGCGAGGGUGCGCGUUCAUAUCAUGGACUAUAGAAACAUGCCGGCAGAGUGGGCGGGUGCAUUCGAUCGGAUGGUAAGCGUGGAGAUGGUAGAGGCUGUAGGAAUAGACUUCCUGGAGACGUAUUGGACCCAAAUCGACUGGGCACUGAAUGAACAGACGGGUGUUGGCUGCAUACAGGGUAUCACGAUCCCGGAAGCGCGGUUCGAUGCAUACGUGAAGGAUGAGGACUUCAUUCGAAAAUGGAGUACGUUUUUCAAACGUUUGAAUUUUCCACGAGCUGAUCGUUUAUUCCUCCCGUCUUCCCAUCUCCGGAAUUUUGAACCCAUCGUGCUCCUGGCCAGUUUUCCCAGCUUGGAGCGUGGAACACAGGGGCGGCUCGUUGUGGACAGCGUAGAAAACAUCGGCCCUCAUUAUGCUCGUACACUGAGGGAAUGGCGAAAGCGCUUUGAGGGACGUUUUGAGGAUGUCAUCGUGCCAGAACUAAAGAAAGAAUAUCCGGAUGUCAUGGGAAACAACGCGAAAAACGCGCGGGAGGAGAUUGACGUGUUCAAGAGGAAAUGGAUAUAUUAUUUCUGCUACUGUGAAGCAGGCUUUGCAAGUCGCAGCUUGGGCGACCACAUUGUCACCUUCACGCGAGAAGGGAACGUCGAGUUUGGUUGUCAGGCCUUGCGACGAUAA